AUGGAUGACACAUGGUAUACCUUCUUUUGGGCCUUGACAAUAUCCCUUGCUAAUUUCCAAUCAGGAUACUCACUAAACCAAGUCCACCAGGUGUGGAAUAUGACGCCUUGAAUGUAUAAAUUUGACCCAGAAAUUCGCAAUGAAGUGAAUACAUCAGCAGUCACUAUUCUUCCAUUGGUUGCUGCCAUCGUCGCUCCAUUUACUUGGUGGUUUGCCUUAAAAUUAGGUAAAAGACGAUUACUCAUGUGAACAUCUGUGAUUGUCAUCUUGGCAUCGUGACUAAAGAUGUUUUAAGAGCCUUACAUUUUUGUUUCUAGGCAGAGCAAUCAUGGGUAUCUCUACAGGAGUCACCUCUGUGCUCUGACCCAUGUUUAUUUAUGAUAUAACUCCAAUAAAAUGGAGGGGAGCUUUUAUUGGACUUAUGCAGGUAAUGAUUAAUAUUGGCUUAGUUACAGGACUCAGUGCUGGGCUAACCAUCCCUGCUUUCAAAAUAAACGACGAAAAAGAAAUAGAUAAAUACUGAGGAGAUGAUGAUAAUGACAUGAGAUGGAGGUUAGUCUAUAUUAUUCCAGCCUUUCCCGCAGCUUUACAUAUCAUUUUGAUGCUAUUUCUGUUCAGGUCUGAAAUAGAGUAUAUUAAGUCUAAUGGAGGAACUCCUCUUCUAGAAAGAGAUACUAAUCCUCAAGAUGGAGCCCAGCCUAAUCUAAGGCCAGAAAUAAGGUCUGGUGCUAGCUCUAAUAGUAAUUUUGGACGAAGAGUAGUGUUUGUUGAAUCAGUCAAAUUUGAGCCAUAUUUCCAAAUAUUUAAGAAAGAGAACAUUAGAUCCAUAUCAGCAGGAUGAUUCAUCCAUUUCUUGUCCCAAAUAGCAGGGGUUAAUAUGAUCUUGCAAUACUCCUUCUACUUUACACUCAAGGAAGAAAUUAAUCAGAUGAAUUGGAGGUUUGUAAUGGGUUGGUUACUCUUAUUUGCCUCCUUAAUAUCUCUAAUAGUAGUCCACUUCUUGAAAAGAAAACCAAUAUUACUCGUUGGAAGUCUUAUUUGUUGAGCAUGUCAUGUACUAUUAUUCCAAUCCUACGAUGAUGAAAAAUAUCAUGAAGACCGAGAUCCAGAAAAACUGCCAACAAUUUUUACUUUAAUAGUAAUUACCAUCUUCAUAAUCGGCUAUGGAUUGACAAUUGGUACAACAACUUGGGUAUACUCAACAGAAAUCCUAACAGAGCAAGGAAUGGGCUUAGCUGUAUGAGUAACUUGGUUGUCAAACUUUCUGAUAUUUUGGCUUCGGAACUUUGCUAUCUUUAUCGACCCUCAGUAUAAAUCAGACCAAGACCUGGACAGGCACACUGCUAUUUUCUUAUUCGUAUACAGCACAGUCUGACUCAUAAGUUAUUUCAUUAUCGUUGUUUUUAUCAAAGAGUCAGGAGGAAGGACCAGAGAAGAGACCAAUCAGAUCUAUAAGACCACUAUUUACAAACCUGUCAGCUACUUGUCUGAUUAAUUAUAUCCUAAAU